AUGCGGUACAAAGAAUCUACAUUAGAACUGAAUAACAGUAAUAUCUAUUCUCAGGUUGAGGAAAGAGAGACCAAAUCAUACAUUGAAAAACCAGUGGUGGAAAGUCAUACAAAAAAUGUUUAUUACAACGAGGUAAAGGAAGAUAACGAAACUGGUGGUUAUUAUGCAUUCAGUGUCGGCUCACAGCUACCAAAGGAUGCCAUUGAAGUCAAAAACUUUUAUGAAUAUGUUGAGAAGAGAAGAGGUAAAGAAGGGGAUAUACUAAAAGAAUUUCUUAUGCUUAAAGGUGGACUACAAAAACCUACUGACGCAGCAUUAAAACCAGGGAAUCGACUGAAAAACAAAUAUAAAGAUAUGUAUGCAUAUGAUGAAACACGGGUUAUACUUGACAACUCGAGUUAUAUAAAUGCAUCUUUCAUUCAGGGAUAUGGACAAGUUCGAAAAUAUAUAGCUGCACAAGGUCCUCUAGAUAAAACUGUUGAUGAUUUUUGGAGAAUGGUUUGGCAAUAUGACUGUGGUAAAAUUGUGAUGCUGACGAAUGUGUUCGAAAAUGGGAAGGAAAAAUGCAUUCAAUAUUGGCCAGAUCAUGAACAACAGAAGACAUCAUACGGACCCAUAUCUUUACUUUUGGUUAAAGAAGAUGUUUAUUCAGAUUUUACUGUCAGAAGAAUAAAACUGCAAAAGGAAAACGUCACGAAAACUGUUCUUCAGUUCCACUUUACUGCUUGGCCCGACAAAGAUGUUCCGAAAUAUGCUUCAUCCUUGGUUCACUUCCGACACAAAGUCAACACCACGAGAACAGUGGCAAAAGGGCCUAUGGUUGUUCAUUGCAGUGCAGGGGUAGGUCGUACUGGUACAUACAUUGCAUUGGAUUAUAUAGUAAAUGAAGCGAAAGAUAGAGACUAUGUUGAAGUUUUCCGAAGUGUUGAAAUAUUAAGAAAUCAGAGAGUGAAUAUGGUACAAACAGCGAACCAGUACUUGUUCUUGCAUGAAGCUGUUCUAGAAGCCCUCAUGUGUCCAAACUCGGGAAUACCUUGCAGGGAUUUUCCGGAUAAUUAUAAAAACAUGAUGCGAUUUGACAACAAAAAGAAAAAGCACAAGCUGCAAAUAGAAUAUGAGCUACUGAAUUCUAUAUCAAGUCGGCAUGACGAAAAAGUAUUUAGUAAGGGCAAAUCUGAAGAAAACAGAGGGAAGAACAGAUAUAGCAAUAUCAUGCCAGUUGGAUCAGAGAUGCCACUGCUAUCGACAGCAGUAGAUGGACGUAACGAGUAUAUAAAUGCAGUGUUUUUACCCGGAUACAGAAAGAAUAAAACAUUUAUUGUGACACAAAUGCCUAUGGAGACGACAGUUGUUGACCUUUGGAGACUGGUGCAUGAUUACGAAAUUCCAACUAUUGUCAUGCUUAACAAAGAUAUACAAAAAGGAAAAUCAACAAAUGUAUACUGGCCAGAAGGUGAUAAAGAUGUGACGUUUGGUCCAUUUAACAUUACAAGAACAAACACCAUUUCAAAGAACCUGUAUACCUGUUUGGAUCUGACAUACAAAUACAAGAACAAGGAGUUGAGACAAGUAAAAUUGUUCCAAUCAAAGUUUUGGGAAGAAAACAUGAUUAAUCCUGGAUCUGCAAACGACAUGUUGUCAUUCCUGUCUGCCACAGAAGAUGAACAUAGUAAUAACAGAGGAUGUGGACCUGUCCUUGUUCACUGUUUAAAUGGUUGUGAUAAAAGUGGGCUAUACUGUGUUUUGGCGACAGUGAUAGAACGACUUCGAAUAGAACAAGAUGUCGAUAUACAGCACAUCAUCAAACAGAUGAGGAAUAGAAGACCUCAGAUCAUUCCAAACUAUGAACAGUUUCAGUUCAUAUACGAAGCAGUUAUAGAAUACCUGAAAGAGUUUGAGACGUAUUCAAAUUUCCAGUGAACUUGAAACAUCCCUGUAGAUAAACUAAC